AUGACGCCAACUCCUCAGCAGGACUAUGUGAACACGGAAGUUAGCCUUCAGCCAUGGUAUAUGGGCGAUUUGGAACGAUCGGAAUCUGAAGCGAAAUUGCGAGGAACACCGAACGGGACAUUCCUCGUACGAUACAGCAAGAACCGGAGGAGCUAUGUUAUCAGUAUAAGCUAUGAAGGUGAAGUGAAACAUACAGUUGUCGAGCAACGGGACAACAGUAUUUACUAUCUAGACGAAGGAUAUGUUUUUCAUAGUAUA